AUGAUCGUGGGAAGUCUUCCGCCACUUGACUACUACCUACCCAAUGGCAUCCUCUCAAAUAUUGGAAACCUCUUUUCCUCCACGGUGCGUCGUAAAGGUUCUAAGAUAUUAUUUGGUGGUUAUGACAAUGACGAUGGUGGUCAUGGUGCUGGCGACGAGAUGGGGGUGGUGAUUGAUUGUACUGGUCACUGGUGUUCGAGGUUGUGGCAAAUAUAA